UAGCGUUGAUGUCUAUGUCCUUUAUUAAUCAAAGCAAGCUGGUCGUUUUACGGCUAUAUUCUGAAAUUGAGGAUUAACAUUAUCGAGCACGGCAUUAUCACACUUCCCCAGUCUAAAAACUGGUUUGGUAUGGAAAACUAUGAAACAUUGAUGACCUCUGCCCGGGGGAAGCCUAGAAUCACAAUGCAGAAAAGCAAAGUAGCUUCACCUGUGACACCAUUGGCAAAAAAACCUCAACAGAGGCCAAGUGAUAAACUGAACCCAAAAACUGUUGAUCCGUUUAGUGGACCACGGAAGUGUCAGUCGACAUUCGCUGCAGUAUAUUCUAAAGGAGGAAUACCUUGCAGGUUAGUUCAUGGUUCAGUAAAGCACAGGCUGCAGUGGGAAAGGCCUCCAGAAUCUAUUCCUUUUGAUCCUCUGUUGAUUACGCUAGCUGAGGGGUUCAGAGAAACAAAGCACCCAUAUACAUUUGUAUCUGUGGAAGGUUUUAAAGAAAUACUUAGUGUUGAUGGGGCCACCGAGAAAGCUACUCCACUGUUGCCCAAGUUGGUGCCUGCACUGAAAACAGCUCUAGCCCAUCCUAAUCCUGAGGUUUUUCAAAGGGGCUUAAAUGGCUUGGUUCAGUUAAGUGAAGCUGUUGGACCAAACCUCAAUGAUCACCUUAAACAUUUUCUCAGCUGUCUUUCAAAAAGAUUAAUGGAUAAAAAAUGCAAAGAACAAGUAACAAUUACCUUACAGAAACUGGAACAGUAUGGUGGAAAGGGGAGUCUUGCUGCUAUCAAAUCCAAAGUCCCAACCUACUGUUCAAUAUUCUCCUGAGAACAAUCCCUAGAAAUGGAUAUUAUUUUGCGUUGUGAAAAAAUGUCAGCCUUCUGCAUCAGGAGAUAUUAACUUUUCCCACUAAGUAUCGUGCAUUUGCUCUUCUUCAUUGUAUAUUGUUUAAAAUAAUUGAGAGUGCAGGAAGUAAGAAGACCUUUUGAUUUUACUAACUUGUACCAAAUCAAGUACUGGUAUUUAUACUGCUAAGACUUUUAUUGCAGAACCAUCCACCCAAAAUGAUUUUUUCAUUUAUUUCAUGUCUAGUACUACUUCUGUAUUUUUAUUUAUGAGAAAUCUUAAAGACUUUAUUCUUACUGUAUCCUUCAUUUAAAAAUAAAAGUAUCUGUUAUAUUAUGGUGAUACACCAGAUUCUGAAGCUAAGGGUUUAUUUCUUCCCUUAUAAUUUUAGCUUGUAAACAUUUGCAAACCGUUAGACAAAUACACCGUGUCUUUUCCAUUUCAUUAGAGAAAAGUUUUGUCCUUGAUUUUUGAGAAUUGUCUGCAUGGAGCGUAUGUUAAAAGAUCUGAAAUUUUACUUAAUCCUUGUGAUGUUUCUUGAUCAUGAAGUUUUAGAGAUAACUUUCCUAAAUUUAUUUAAAAAUUCAGUCUUGAUUUAGAUUUGCCAUUUCCAUAUUUGCAUUUUAAAUAUACUGUAAACACUGUUUUCCAAUGUGAAUGUUGUUCUUCAUUUUUGUGCACUUUAUUUCAUAUCAUAUAUAACAUGUUUGGUAUGACACUUUCUGCAUAACCAAUUCUUUCAUUGAACUUGUUUGUUUUAAUGCUUGAUAUUGAAUAAAAGUAUAUUAAUA